AUGGAUCUCGAAUAUACAGUAACAGAAACUAUGUAUCGUAAUCAUUCAGGACAAAUUAUCAAAAUUGAAUUUCAAUUCGAUGAAUCUACUACAAUGGCCUUAGGAUCAACAUCGUCUAGUAUGAGCCGACAAAACCAAGAAAAAUAUUAUCGAUCAUAUCAAUGGAGCAUAACGCGUGAUCAAUAUGAAUUGAGAAUUAAUAGACUUCAGAAACCAAUAACAUUUGAUGCGUUUGUCAAUUCUCUACGUCCAAUCAUUAUGGGUUAUUAUAAAAAUAAUGAACUCAAACGUGCAUUUGCUAUUUUAGAUAGUGAUCAAUCGGGAGCAAUUAAUAUUAAGGAAUUUAGUGACAUCUUAAUGAUUCUCAAUAACUCGGUCGAUGUCAACGUUCUGGCUGAAUAUAUAAAACAGGUUGACGAAAAUUUUGAUGGUGAAUUAAACUAUGAAGAGUUUCAGGCAUUGAUAUUACGCGGCAUUGGUCGAGAUAUCAUUUGUAAUCAUUUUUGA